UAAACAAACGCGGGAAGCUCGAGCUCGAACAACUUUAUUAGAGAAGUGUGCAGCAUCUUAGUAUGAGCCAUGGCGGACGUUUUAAACAUGGUUUUUAGGACUUUUAUGUCUCAAACGGGUCUCAGGAAGCAGCCGCCGGUCAGUCCUCCGCCUCCGGCCGCCGGCAGCAGCCUCCUGCUCGGGGACCGGAGCCUCAGCCGCUCCGUGCUGCUGCUGGCGGCCGUGACAGCGGCCUCGGAGCUCGGCAUGAGAGUGAUGUUCUUCACGCAGACGCAGAUCCAGAGUCUCCCGGUGUCUCUGCAGAGAUGUUUCCCCAACCUGAGUCCAGAGAGCCUGAAGAAAAUCAAGUUCUCCUACCCCCGGACACUGGACGAGCUCCUCCAGCAGGUGGCCAGUCUUCAUGAGUCCACCAACAUGCCUCCCACACCCCCGUCUCUCAUCAUAGUGGACCGACUGGAGGGCUUCCUGUGCGGCGCUGGAGGCAGCAGCAGCAGCCACAGUGGGUCUCACCCAGCAGAGCUGUCCAGUGCUGCACACCUGUCGGCGCUGCUGUGCGACACUGCUGCCUUUCUCACGCAAGUCCUGGAGCAACGAGGGUCGAGCUCGGGCCCCUGCCGCCUCAUCGCCUCUUUUCUGUCAGAAGCGGACACUGGGCGGGCCAGCAGGGAUCCGUCUGGCGCGGAUCCCAUCCUCAGCGUCCUCGACCGCUACUUCCAGGUACGCUGCACUCUGGACCGAGACGAAGGCUACGAAGCCACGGCAGCUGGAGUGCAGGAGGUGUGGCACAUUUAUCUUUCCGGGAGAGGAAUGGCAGAGGCCUCGUUCGCCAAAGACAGUGAGGACAAGCCGGGUGUAGCCCAGGAGUGGCAGCUCUUCGUUUUUCCUGAUGGUUUGAUGGAGUUUAAGUUGGUUUAAGUUGCCUCAAAGACUUUAACAGAAGGCGAUGAAGGAAAGCAGCCAGGACUCCUGUGUUGCAAAACUGUGAGAUAAAACCAAACUUUUACAGAUUCUUAUUGCUUUCUUUGUGAUACAGAAGACUGUAAUCUGCUCUUCAGCCUCUCAGAUGUCAGUUUAAAGGUUUGUCAAACCCAUGAAUCGACUGACACUAAGAAAUCUGAUUGUCCUAAACUCAACAUUUCUGACUCAGGACCAUUUAACACACAACAACGUCUCCUUGUGUCCGCCCUCAAAGGGAAAACAAGUAAACAAAAAGCCUGAGAAAUACACUGUGCAUUAAAAUAAACAUAUUUUGUAUAUUAUAUUUAUGUUUUAUUCCCUUAAACAUCAUAUGUGAAACAUUAGAGUUCAGUGGCUGAUAUCACAGUUAAAGUAAUUUACAAAUGUCCAGAUAACAAAGAUAAGUUUUCUGCAAACAAAAGACAUGAAAAGACAUUUUACUCUAUUUUUAAGUCUAUAUUUUUUCUGUAUUUAAGUAUGAGGAAAGACACAAUAUCAGACUUUAUCUUAAAAUAUAUAUUUCUUAGUAAGAAAAAAAAAAGCUAUUGUGAAAAAGAAAAAUACAAGACAGCCAGUUGGUUGUCAGUGUCGAGUGAUAAACCUUUGUCUCCCUGCUUUGUCACACUAUAUUACAACUUUUUCUAUCAAAAACAGAAAUGAACAAUCUUUACAAAUGUACUUACAUACUUUCAGUACCAAUUUAUUUACAAGAUAUUUUUCCCUCAAAGCAAACAAGCAUAAAAAAGGUACGGAAAUUCGUUGAGUUCAUGAAUUUAAAUGCGUUGAAUCGUGCUCUGUAGAUGUUAAAAAACUAGAGUCACCAGAGAACAAAUAUUACCUUCAAACUAUCCUGCAGCGCCUACAGUAGUCGUUAUUUGAUCCACCCCAGAAUUGUGUGUUUGGGAAAUGACGACAGCUUACUGGUCUAUGAUUAAACAUUAAAAAACAAGACUUUAUAUAUACAAAUACAGUGAGUUUCAGAUUUGGAUAUGACACUGAUGUAAUGACUACGGAGGGGAAGUGAAAUUUGAGAGUGUUUUAAAUGGUAAUAGUUGUUAUCAUCAACAAAUCCAAUGAGAACACAAACAACCAACAGUUAGUUCUUCUGACUAUGAAGACUUUCAACCAUAAGCCCACUGAUGUUGUUGACAAAGGAGUGUCAAAUAUAUAGUUGAUUUUUUUUAAAAGACAUGAAGCACUGUAGUUUUUAGUGAAUAUUAUUAAAACAUAAGUCAGUAGUACGUUUGCUGGGGUCUAUUUUUUGUUGCAAAUUGAUACAGAUUUGGUGCUCGACUGAAAAUGCAUCACUUUGAUCCAGACUAAAGAAUCUCAAAAGAACU